GUCCCGCUGCGCCGCCAUCGCCAUGAGCUUCUUGUUUGGUAGUCGCUCUUCCAAAACCUUCAAACCAAAGAAGAAUAUUCCAGAGGGGUCUCACCAGUACGAGUUGCUAAAACAUGCCGAAGCCACGCUUGGAAGCGGUAAUCUCCGGAUGGCUGUUAUGCUUCCAGAGGGUGAAGACUUAAAUGAAUGGGUUGCAGUUAACACUGUCGACUUCUUCAACCAGAUCAAUAUGCUUUAUGGAACCAUUACCGACUUCUGCACAGAGGAGAGCUGCCCCGUGAUGUCUGCUGGCCCAAAAUAUGAGUACCACUGGGCAGAUGGGACAAACAUAAAGAAACCAAUUAAGUGCUCUGCACCAAAGUACAUUGAUUACCUGAUGACUUGGGUCCAGGAUCAGCUGGAUGAUGAAACGCUAUUUCCUUCUAAAAUAGGUGUACCGUUCCCAAAGAAUUUCAUGUCAGUGGCAAAGACAAUUUUAAAGCGUCUCUUCAGAGUUUAUGCUCACAUUUAUCACCAGCACUUUGAUCCAGUGAUCCAGCUACAGGAAGAGGCACACCUUAACACAUCGUUCAAGCACUUUAUAUUUUUUGUUCAGGAAUUCAACCUUAUUGAUAGAAGAGAACUUGCACCACUUCAAGAACUGAUUGAAAAGCUCACCUCUAAGGACAGAUAAAAGGAAGAGGAUUUCUUGAAGUCACUUGUUUCUUUAAGCGAGCGUGUGGUAUUUGGUUUUUUGUUAAUUUGUUUUUUAAAAAACAAAACAAAAACCCUGUGCUGUUACAAAUGACAGCCAAGAUCUACUUUCUGUGCUUUUAUUAGGGGAAAUCUUUUAUCUGUUAGUGACACGUGGUAAAUAGCUUUCCUUUUUUUUUUUUUUAUUGUUGUUACUCAUUGUGGAAUUUUAGCAGGUGCUGAGUGUUUAUAAAGGAAACAUGCUUGGCUGGGGGAUUGACUCUGCUGGUGGAUGGGUUCUUGUAUCGUGUCAGUGGUAGCCCAUUCUCAUGAAGUCCCUAAAAGACUUGCUUACAUUCUCUAAGUGCCUUGGCAGACUCAUUUCUGAGGUGCAAAGCACAUACAAUACUGAACAUUGCUGGAAACAGAAAAUAUGAACUAACACCCAGGACACUUACUGAUACUUGUUUUAGAAAAAUAUAUAUAGAUGCUUACACUAAAAAAAGCCAUAACUUACUGAAAUCAAUGA